UAGCGAGGCGAGACGAGGGCGGCGACGAGGCUAAGGCAACGGCCAUGGAAAGGAGAGGAGAGAAGCAAGGGCAGGGGCAAUCCAUGGAAGGGGAGGGGGCAAUUUUGUUUUUUUGCCCCAUUUCUGUAACUUUCUCUGGCUUUGUAGUGGAGCUCUUUUAAAUCUUAUCCCGGGCUUCUAUUAUGAUUAUUUAAGGGGUCCACACGUCGGGAGCAAUGAAAACGACGCCGCUUUAGCAACUGCCAGUGUCCUCCAACGGCCGAUGGUCUGGCUGGCUGGCUCUCUCUCUCUCUCUCUCGUCAGGCUAGGAAAUGGAGAUCCAUGCCUUAUCUCUAUGUCCAUCGGCUCCGUUUCUCAAUCCGAGAAGAAACCCUCCGAGCCAGAGCUCUCGGCCCAGACGAAUUGCUUUGAAUGCUUACUCUUUCUUGAAAUCAAUCGACGACUGUAAAUGUCUCCGAUCAACGACGCUCUUCCUUUCUUCCACUUCAAGCUUCGACAAGGCCUCCUCCUCUCUUCCAUUGCUGGUUCUGAACCAGAGGACCAAUGGCUUCAAAGUCGGGGCCACUUCGAUGCCGGAAAACGCCGACGAAGCAGCGAAAUCCGAGGAAUUGUUCCGGACUCUUCAGCUCGGUUCCAUGUUUGUUGUCUGGUACUUACUGAACAUCUACUUCAACAUCUACAACAAGCAGGUUCUAAAGGUAUUUCCAUUUCCAGCGACAGUCACGGCGUUUCAAUUUGGCUGUGGAACUGUGCUUGUAUUUUUGAUGUGGUCGUUUAACCUUUAUCCAAGGCCCAGGAUUACUAAAUCGCAGUUUUCAGCAAUCCUGCCAUUAGCAGUGAUUCACACCAUGGGAAAUCUCUUGACUAAUAUAAGCCUUGGGAAAGUUGCUGUUUCUUUCACUCAUACAAUCAAAGCCAUGGAACCCUUCUUCACUGUGGUCCUUUCUUCUCUGUUUCUUAAGGAGAGUCCUAGUCUCUGGGUAGUUGCUUCUCUUGUACCAGUAGUUGGUGGAGUGGCUCUGGCAUCAUUCACUGAGGCUUCUUUUAAUUGGAUAGGCUUUGGCACUGCAAUGGCUUCCAAUCUCACCAACCAAUCACGCAAUGUGCUUAGCAAAAAGUUGAUGGUCAAUAAAGAGGAAGCUUUGGACAAUAUCAAUCUCUUCUCAGUCUUAACAAUAAUCUCAUUCCUCCUGUUGGCACCAAUUGCUCUUCUCAUGGAAGGAGUGAAGUUUAGUCCCUCUUACUUGCAGUUUGCUGCAACUCAAGGAUUGAAUGUGAAGGAGCUGUGUGUGAGAUCUCUCCUGGCUGGGUUCUGCUUCCACACUUACCAACAGGUUUCUUAUUAUAUACUACAAAUGGUAUCGCCAGUAAGCCAUUCAGUUGGAAACUGUGUGAAGAGAGUGGUGGUCAUCAUCUCAUCAGUAAUCUUCUUCCAAACGGCUGUCUCGCCAAUUAACUCUCUUGGAACCGCUGUUGCGCUUGCUGGGGUCUUCCUGUAUACAAGAGCAAAGCGCAUAAAGCCCAAGGCUGCAUGACACCCACAUUUCACAUUCCAGACAGAAUACACUUGUAAUUUCCACGUCUUAAAAGUCUUAACAGACGUUCGGAUCAAAUCAAAUUCGCUCAUUCUUGCAAAGCCAA